CGCGAUUUAGUAUUUCAAUUCCAACCUUUGAAUGGCAUACAUAACGCUCGCUCGCCUCGCCACAUGACGGGUGUUGAGCUUAUACUCUCAACGUUAUGCAAUGCAAGCGUUUGCGAUUAUGGCAGUUCACUCGAUGAGUUAACGGCUCGCCAAAAUGAAAUUCAGGAAUUGAAAAAUGCAAUCAAUGGCAAGCACCUCAAAAUAGGGACAUACAAUAAUUACCCACUAAGUUGGGCGGAAGGAUCUGAAAAUGGCACCCUCGACGGCCGCGGCGUGGCGUUCAUUCUCGUCAACAUUCUGCGACAAAGGUUCAACUUUACCUUUGAGGUGGUGGUGCCUGAACGGAACUUCGAGCUGGGAGGGCGCAGGCCUGAGGACUCUUUGAUCGGACUUGUUAAUAGCAGCAAGGUAGACAUGGCGGCGGCGUUUAUACCGAUCCUCGUGCAAUACAACAAGUUCGUGACGUUCUCCAACGACCUGGACGAAGGCGUGUGGAUGAUGAUGCUUAAACGACCCAAGGAGUCGGCCGCCGGCUCUGGCCUCUUGGCACCUUUCGCUACAUAUGUUUGGUACCUAAUCCUAGCGGCAGUUCUAGUAUACGGGCCUUGUAUAACUCUCCUCACAUGGAUUCGCUCGAAGCUAAUCAGAGACCACGAGCAGCCGAUCUCUUUGUCGCCAAGCGUGUGGUUCGUGUAUGGCGCAUUCAUCAAGCAAGGGACUACUCUGGCUCCUGAGGCUAACACCACGCGGGUCCUCUUCGCAACAUGGUGGCUCUUUGUGAUCCUGCUGUCAGCAUUCUACACGGCCAACCUGACGGCAUUCCUUACUCUCUCCAAGUUCACACUAGACAUCGAGAACCCUGAAGACUUGUAUAAGAAAAACUACCGCUGGGUUGCUUCUGAAGGGGGGACCGUGCAGUAUGUCAUUAAAAAUCCCGACGAAGACCUCUACUACUUGAGCCGAAUGCUGACAAACGGCCGAGCCCAAUUCCGUUCCCCAGUCGACGACCAGGAGUUCCUGCCAAUGGUGUCCGGGGGAGCAGUGCUGGUGAAGGAGCAAACCGGCAUCGAGCAGCUCAUGUACGCGGACUACCUGCAGAAGGCGCGGGAGGGGGUGGAGGAGACGGAGCGCUGCACCUACGUCGUCGCGCCCAACGCCUUCAUGAAGAGGCGCCGCGCUUUUGCCUACCCCAAUAACAGCACCCUCAAGAUACUAUUUGAUACGGUGCUCUCCUAUCUAAUUCAAUCGGGCAUAGUAAGAUUCCUGGAGCAUCGCGAUCUGCCCAGCACUAAGAUAUGUCCGCUCGACUUGCAAUCCAAAGACAGGCAGCUCCGGAACAGCGAUCUCAUGAUGACCUACCUUAUCAUGGUGACAGGCUUAGCGGCGGCCAUUGCUGUAUUUCUUGGAGAAGUGAUCUUCAAACGUUACAUAAAGGUCGACGCAAAGCUAGAAGACAAGGGAAAGAAAACCAAAAAGCGUAAGAACAAAAAUGUCAAACCAAAAAGUUACGACAGCAGUCGUCCUCCACCCUAUGAUUCUUUGUUUGGCAACCCCCGUAACAGAUACAAAUUCAACGAGGAAUCCAAGAAGGAGAUUAUAAACGGCAGAGAAUAUUAUGUGGUGAAUAAUGUAACUGGGGACGUGCGACUGAUUCCUGUUAGGACGCCAUCUGCUUUUCUCUAUAGAUAAACUGUGACAUGUGACAUGCAUCCAGUUAGUAUAACAUGUUAUAAAACUUUUGUAUUGUAAUAUAACAACAUUAAACACGUCUAUUUUAGGGUAUAACAUAGUGUCCACACUAAAUAAUUUUUAUGAACCAUAUUACGAGUAUGUUGGGCGCAUUUAUAGACAGUAGGAGGUACUUUUAAAAGUACCUACUAAUUCAGUUGUACAAAACCAGAGUGAACCAGAGUAAGGUAACGCUCGGUUUGAUCCUGAAUCGACGAUAUCUCAAAUACUAGGUUAUGGUGACGUAAAGUUAAAGAAAAAUAGAGCUACUUUAAGGCUACCCGUGGCAAAUAUGUAGGUACUGACAUUUGACGCCUGCCAGUGACGUCGAUGCCGCAACAUUUUGUUAGAAGAGAUCCACCAGAGAUCGUCAUCAGACGCUAAUAAAAAUACAUAUUUUAUUUUAAGCAACAGAUAAAGAUAAGCAUGAAAAUACCUCUUAAAAUAUAAAGGUACAAAUUAUAAAAGAAAUUGUAGUAGUAUUUAAGAUUUAUCUAUUAAAUUAUUAUUAUU